CCACUGUGUGGUCGCUAUCGCUUCCUGAGACCGGGGACAGAAGACUGUGUCUGAGCACCUCUGGCUGGCCUGCCUCCCUCCAGAGCUCACCGGGAUACUGCUCUCCACCCUCCAGUGACUCCCAGCCAUGAGGGCCCUCACCCUCCUUGCUGCCAUUCUCCUGCUGGCCCUGCAGGCCCAGGCUGAGCCUCUCCCACAGCAAGCUGAGGAUGCUCUAGAACAGCGGCAGGCCCAGGAAGAGGACCAGGACGUGGCCACUGGCGUUGCAGGGGUUGAGAGCUCUCGUCGUCCACCUCCAGAUGAGAAUUUACAAAAUGGAAGUCUCUACUCAACUGCUAGGGAACCAGAGCAACUCCACCCACUGCGCUCCAAGGCAGGAGAACGGCAAACUGUGCUCUCCAGACCUAGGCCCCGCCCCCGCCCUCGUCGCCCUCUGCCUAGACCCAUCCCCUGGCCAAGACCCCGACCCCGACCCCGACCCCCACCCCGACCCCGGAGAGUACAGGCCCAGCAGCCUGGAGGAGAGGGCCAGCAAGAAGCCUGAUCUGAAGUUGCAGAAAUAGAGCCUGGGGCCUUAGACGCCACGUACUCUGCUGUCACCCAGCACAGAGAAGAGAUCGCCAUUUACAUUGAUGCCCGGAUGACACUUCACCCCUCUACCUGACCUCAGUGUUCCUUCUCUAUUUCAAAUAAAUUCCUC